AUGUGGGGACCCGGGGUCACGGCCGAGGGCCUUUCGGUGGCGCCGGCGCCGCCGCCGCUGCUGCCGCUGCUGCUGCUGCUGGCGCUGGCGCUGGUGGCGCCCUCGCGGGGCGGCGGGGGCUGCGCGGAGCUGGCGUGCGGCGAGCGGGAGCGCUGCUGCGACGCGGCCAACGCCACGGCCGUGCGCUGCUGCAAGCUGCCGCUGCACGCCUUCCUCGACAACGUGGGCUGGUUCGUGCGCAAGCUCUCCGGGCUGCUCAUCCUGCUCGUCCUCUUCGCCAUCGGCUACUUUCUGCAGCGCAUCAUCUGCCCCAGUCCCCGCAGGUACCCGCGCGGGCAGGCGCGGCCCGGGCAGGCGCGGCCGGGGCCGCCUGGGGGCGCCGGGCCGCCGGGAGCCGCGGGGCCGCCCGACGACGACGACGACUCGCCCGCGCUGCUGCGGGAUGAGGCCGCCGCCGGCUCCCAGGACUCGCUGCUGGACAGUGGCGGCGGCGGUCGGGCCCGGGGAGGCGGCGGGUUCCUGGUCCCCUCCUGCGCCUCCGAGCACGAGCUGCGCUUAGUCUCGCCCGCCUUCCUGCAGCUGCCCAGCUACGAGGAGGUCAAGUACCUGCCCACCUACGAGGAGUCCAUGCGGCUGCAGCAGCUCGGCCCCGGGGAGGUCGUGCUGCCCGUGUCGGUGCUCGGCCGCCCUCGAAGUGGCGGCCCCGGGGAGCACGACGGCGGCGAGGGCCGCUUCCCGCUCAUCUGAGCGCCCGGGACGGGGCCCCUCGAGGACCACGAGGACCGAACUGGGCUGGGGGCUGCGGGUGGGACGCGCAGCUGGGAUGGCCGUGGCCGCCAACAACUGCCUCUGACCUCGCCUGCCACCCCGGGCUAAUCGCCCGAUCGCCAGGCGACUGGAUUGGGGUCACACGCUUUCUCUCGACCUUAAGUUUCCCUGCGUUUCGUUCGGUCCAAGGAAACGUUAGGCGCGCGCGCGGCGGGGCCACAGCAGCGGACCAGGCCAGAGCGCAACUUGGAAGGACGGUCCCCGCCUUCAGCUUGUGUUCCCUCGAAAUUUUGGAGAAGAAAUGAAGCGCCCUUCAUAAGAAUAUAAAUAGAUACCACCACCAUCUACAAGAAGAAAAU